AUCUUUCCAAGUUCGAUCUCGGCUGUACAUUUUGAAAUGUUUUGUUUUCCUGUCAGAAACAGUAAUGGGCUUUGCACUACGAUUUCGUGUGCGACUACAUUUCCACCGCCCCUUUGACGUCAGCUGAUCACCAUGCCGGAAUCCAAGGUAACACGCUGUAUACAAUUCCCGAAUGGGUCCUACUCUUAUCAGCACGUAGCUGAAAUACCAGCGGAGCUAAGAAUCUUUUUGUUUCCGUGUUCAGUAGUAUCAUCGGUCUGAUAAAUAUGCCUCCGGAAGGGAAGACUGAUAUGGACCGCGUGGGUCUAUUUAAAGAGAUGGGCUACAUCACCAUCGGGGACAAGUACACCACGAAUACUUCCAGACCUUUCAAUGAAUCGGCUCAUAAAAGCAAACAGAUGAUUGUCAGCAGUCCGAAGAAGAAGUCGGGACUGCAGGUGGGCUACUUUGACGCUCAGUUCAAAAGGAUCUUUGAGAAGGAGGCCAGCACGGACCCCAUCAAGCUCCGCAGGCAGUACCGGAUGCAACAGGCCCAAAAGAACAUCGGGAAGGCCUUUCUGCCCACCAACGGUGAAAAGAAACCGUCAGGCAUUGGCAGCUACUAUGGGACCCUGGGUGGACCUGUGCAGGCCAUGAGCACACUAAAGCUUCCAAAGAAACCUUACACAUCACCUGGAAAAAAUAUCCUAACUAGCCCCCCUAAAAAAGGAAGCGGAUAUGGAUAUCCGAAUGUUACCCUGUCGAAAAUUGAUUCAUACUCCUCAGAGCCCUAUGACAGAGCAAGAGAGAUGAUGAAGAAGGAGAUAGUCUCAGACAGGACCAGGAUGAAAGGAGGGCCCUUUCGUUUGAAUCUCCACCCCAAGGACUGUUUCGACAACAAUCCUUACAGGCUGGAGAAGGCCUUGCCUCCUGUGAAGCAGUCCGAGGGAAAGAAGGACCAUGUGGUUCCGUUCAAACCGAGCUCGCCCAGCAAAAAGAUUGGGGGCAUGAAGGCUGGGACCUUCGGAACGUACCCUUCCCAUUCUGCAGACCCCUACGUCCCCAGGCGCUCCAAGUCCGUCAGCACCAGCAAGGAUGGAAAGAUAUUCCACCCGUCUCCUGGGCCAAAGAGCAUGCCCGUGACGAGCAUCCUCAACAUGAAUGUCAGAAAAGUGAUCAAUUCUGCAAACUACACGGCGGCACCAUCUGUGAUGGCAUACUAACAACCAAACUUGCCUGGAGAACAGACACAGGCAUGUUCAUCGUUGCAUUUCCCCCAGAGCAAUUCUGUUCAGCUCACUGUGGCCAAACACACAAGCUCACCCUUCUCUGCACAGGGAACUUGUUCCUGAAAUAUCAUGGGCUCCCAAGGACAUGGAAAACCUGAUGUGGCUUUAGAUAGAUAGAGUAAGGAUGUCUUCAAUUGAAAAAUACUGUCAUCUCAUUAAUGAAACUUAUGAAACACUGAUAAAUGAAAAUAAUGCCUCUUCAAUGUGGCUAUUUUUAGUAAAGAGAAGUGAUUAUGAGAUGACACCUCUUUUGAAAAAUGCAGUUCUUAAAACCAGUGGGAAGUGAGUCAACAUUGAAGUAUUUACAUCAGAUUUGUGCCACACAUAGCUAAACAUUUGGCAUAUGCACUUAAUUUUACCUUAACUUUUGAAAGCUUGUCAAUAUUAUAUCAUCAGUUCAGGAUGUUACUUAUAAAAUCUUUCAUUUAUUCAAAGCAAAUACAUUGAAUCCACAAUGUAACUUGAAAAUAUUGUGAACAAUGCUAGAGAACUAAAAUGUUCUUUGUUUCAAUGCACUCCUCCUUUUUGUUACACUUUGUUGUGGUAUACAUACAAGCAAUGUGUUUGUGUUUGAAAUUCUGCAUGGGACAUUUUUGAGAAAAGCUUUUUUGAGAAAGAAGAACACCACUGUGUGCAGUAAGGAAAAAUAAUGAAUUAUUCAGAUUAUUGAUUAAUGGUGGCUACCUACUUACAGUGCAGGCUGGAAAUAAACAAACUAGCACAAUA